CCUCGCCACGCGAUCAUUUUGCAACGACGAGCGUGAGGGGUGCACGUUUAAGCUCACCGCCUAACCAUUCUUUAUACUUGCUAUAUCUCGCUAAGUUGAGUGACGUAAAACAUUUGUAUACCUAACCGUGUAUAGUGGUCGUGCAUCGAAGACGUAGCAUCGGUGCGUUGGAGCCUGGGACAGCGAAAUUGUAGGAUAACCUUGCUUGCUGCAUUUAUUAUUCAGUGGCUGCGCUGAACUAUGGCCAGGAUGGCGCCCUUUACAGGUAAUCAUGAGGAUUCCAAACAUCACCGAUAACGGCAAUGUAGUACUGAAUAAUUCAAACACAAUUUCGACCCGAGAUAUAAGCAACCGAAGCUACUUGGAGUCAGAUAACCCGAGCUUAACUACGAAUAGUAACUUAGAUGAAUAUAACGUCCAAAAUAAUAGAAACACAAAUACAACAGAUUUUCUAGUGAUACUGUUGAUAACCAAACUGUAAAUAUAGGUUCUAAAAGUAGUAUUAUAGAAGACAAUUCAAAAUUUAGAAUAUACAACAUACAAUAUAGAUUGAAUAACCAGAAUGUAGACACGGCAACUAUAGUCAACGAAAAUAAAAACCUUAAUGGCAAUCGACCAACUGAUACUAUUUGGCCUGAAAACCAUAUAGAUAAUGCUCAAGAUUCCUCAAAUUCUACACCAGCAGACGAGGAGCGCGCGUUUGCGCUAUCUGACUCAGAUGAAAUGUCUGAAAAAAGCAUCCAUCCUGUUCCACGAGGAAUUGUAAAUCCAAACUAUCCAGGUUUCCAGCAUUUAGCGCAUACGUUACAGGACUAUUCUACUAACAUUGGAUCUUCUAAUCAUUCGGAAAAUGAUAUGACGGAUGACGACAUAGAUAUCGAAAUAAGUGAAUCAACAUCAUAUAACGUUAAUGGAAAUCUUAUAGAAGAGGAAUUUAAAAACAUAAAUGAAAAUAAUGGAACCACGGGCCACAAAAAAUUAAAUAUUUCAUUAUUAGAAAUUGAUAAAUCUGAUACCAGAAAAGAUGAUAUACCGGACCUUUUAAAAACCAUCUCUCAAAAUAACAACAAUAUUGACUCAAUCAACUACGAUUUGAAUUGUUCAGCUAUUGAUAUUGAAAAUAAUUUUCACACCAAAGAUAUUAUAGGUGACUUCAAUAAGGAAAUUGAAGAUGAGAUAAGACAAUUAUUAAAUUAUAAUAUAAAUAUAGAAGAUGACCUAGAAGAAUUAAGAAAGGAUAUAAAGGAUACUUUGGUUAAACCAAUUGAAAAUACUAUUAAUAAUAUAAGUGAUGUAGUGAAUCAUGUGAUUAAGAAAUUAGUAGAAAGUGAUGGUUCCAGCAAAUGUGAUGCAGAAUCACUUGAUUAUAUGAAUGACCAUGAAAUGGAAGAUAUUACAGAUAUGGAUAAGGAAAAUGAAACCAACACAAGAACAGAAAUGAAUAUAAGCAGGCCUACAUUUCUAUUAAUUGAAAAUAGUGUUGAUAAUAAGAUAAAAGACGCAAUAUUGUCAGACGGUAAAGAUGAAAUCAACAUUUACGAGGAGGAAUACGACACAGAACAGCUUAGUCAUAAUGUUGAAAAUACCAUCAAACAAUUAAGUACAGAGUUAAGGAAAAUAAUACCAAAGUUGAACGAAAUGCGCGAGCGUGAUAAAUUAUGGAUUGAGAAAAAGGAGAUCAUGACUGAUAGUAACUCUAAUAACAUAUUAUCAGGGGCUUUAAAUUGUACGGGAGAAUCUAGCAAGUAUCUAAAACACGAGAAUCUGAAGAUUACGAGAAAUGGACACGAUAAUUUUAUGUCUAAAACUCAACAGCGCUCAAUAAAAACUUUUGCUGAACCCAAAAUUCGACAAAAUAUGACAAAAGCGAUUUCAAAAGCUCAAAACAUUGCAUCCGUCCGUAAAAAUGUUGCUCAUACAGAAUCCGAUUUCGAGAGCUUUGAUGUGUAUAAUAUAGAAACAGCUUUACCGAAGUUAGAUUUGGAUGCAAUCGAAAACCAUAUAAAAGCAGCUAAGGAAGCCGAAAGACGAAAACGCAAUGACAGAGAAGAGAUUAGGAAACGUUUGGCCAUGGGUGUUGAUAGUGAGGAGUAUUACAGUUUGGGUCACAUAGACCGUCCAGGGAAAAAACCCAGCUUACAUUCCAGACUUCAAAAUGGUAAAAAUCUACAAAUAUGCUUUAUGAAUGAAACAGCCUCAGAUAAUGAAUCUCAAGCAUCUGAUGUAGAGAGAAGUUUCUACUGUAAUAGUAAAAGUUCAUCACAAUCAAGUCUAUUUAGCAAGAACAGUUUUAACCAUCCAUACCAAACAAGACCACUGUCAGUUAAUAUUUCAAAAAAUGACAAAAUUACAAAUACUCAGGGUGGUGCAAAACUUCGUCCCACGUCACUUACAUUAAAGUCUACAAAAUCUCGAUCAACACAUUCGCUAGGACAUAUCGAAUUGAAGGAGUCUGACUUCUUUGCUUUACAAGCUACUCUGCAGACAGAAGCCCGAAUAGCACUGGCGCAGGCGAAGGAAAAGGCUCGAUUGCAAAUGGAGUAUGAGCGUCGCGCACGCGCAGUAUCGCCAGUCACGGAAAUGUUGCGGCGCAGUAUGGAGAAGGCGAACGCACCGCUCGCGCCCGACCGACGCCGCGUCUCGCGGCACCUACUCACUGACAUGAAUAUCGCGCAAUUGCAGGUGAUAGUGAACGAGCUGCACUCUCAGAUCGAGUGCCUGAACGACUCGCUGGUGAAGCUGCUGAUGGCGCGCGACGAGCUGCACAUGGGGCAGGACUCCAUGCUCGUCGACAUCGAGGAUCUCACCAGAUAUUUAGGAGUUAAGGAGCAGACCAAGAAAACCAAGGGCACUUCAAAGUCCGGAGUGAGGAGGCUCACGUCAUUAGUGCACAAAUAAGUACACUCUAUACUAUUCUAGAUUAAAUGCAGUUUAUUAUGUGGAGUAUAUUAUUAACAUUAUGGGUCCCAUGUAUAAUUGUAUAGUCUUAUUCAACCUGUUUAAUCUUAAACUAUCUUUGUGUAUUUACUAUUUACUCUUGCUACAAUUCAUUAUUAUAUUUACUUACUCAUGUAUUUUGGGACAUCUUUACCUGCUAUCAGGUUUUGUAGAUUCAACAUUUUGUUCUAAAACUACUUAAAAACCGCAAUAAUUACUUAGAAACAAUAAUCUUGUAAACAAAUUCUUUCUGAUAAUAGUGUUAAUUCAGUCGUACAAAUUAAAAAGUUUACAGGUUUAAAAGUGUUACCAAACUUUUAAGUUUGUUUGGUAUGAUUGGUUGGUUUCAGAGAUCGAUCUCUACUAAGACAAGUAUAAUGUUCAUAUAUCUGUGAAUCUAAGUCCAUUCACUCCUAUCACAAUUUAAAACCUUGAUGAUAAAAAAUCAUACCUACCAAACACCAGAAAAAUCAAAGUUUCAGAAUAUACGAAUUACGAAUGCAUUAUAUUUUUUUUUUAAUCAAUUAUCAAAUAUUGAAUGUUUUACAAGUCUGCUUUUAAUACAACAAAAUACCACUAAGGUUUACUAAAAGAAAUGUAGAGUAUACUUAGAAGUUCGUGCAAUCGAAAAAUACCAUGAUAAUUAUUAUGAAUCACCCUUUCCAUGUUUUUAGUCAAAUUUACUAAGUUAAAAUAUUGUUGUGCUACUAACAUAAUUAUGUAUAAUUAAGAAUUAAUUGGUCACGUCUGGUUUUACGUCACAUUAUGCUGGUGCUAUAUUAUAAUAAUAUAUGUAGGUACAUUGUGCAUAUAUUUAUCAAGAUAAUCUCAAAACUGAUUUGGUUAUUCUCAUGUUAUUGGAGGAAGGAGGAAACAUAAUUUAGAAAAGUAACGCAACUUGAGUUAGAUCACGUUGUGUUUUCUGUGACCAAAACUACACAACAAACAUGCUCAUGCGACGCUUGAUUGCUUUUGAACUCCCGACGCGAAAAGUGGAGUGUGUCUAUGAAUCUAUCUCUAGCAUAUUAAUGUCUGGUCAAAUGGAUGGACCCAUUUAAAUACGGCUUUUUCUAUUCGAAUCUUAGCAAUGUUUAGUAAAAAUAUGUCCAGUUCUUUGAGGAUUAUACCCUUUUUUCUAAACUGGUCUGCUGAGCUAACGAAAAGGCAGAUUUUUGAUAUUUUGCUAAACUGCGUUUAACACUAGCCCUGCAUUUGGAAUCUCCUUUUCCCACGUACCUAACUCGUUUUUUCUAUAUGUUUCGAAAGCAGAAAAGUAAAUGUGUGUGAUGUUUGGGCUCAUUGAUUUAGACAGUGACCAGGGUCUUUUAUUAGAGUAAGAAUGUGCAGGUAAGAUAUUUUCGAAAUGUCGGUUAUGAUGUUUUUUAAUUUACAUUUGUUACAAAUGUGUUUUUGCAUUAGGGGCCUAGCACACACGAUACUUUCAGUAUUGGCGGUCAGCGUUUUUGCGACGGCAUCGAUGCUGCUAUGCGUUUCGACGACUGCGUUCGAUCGCUAUAUUGAAAGCGUGUGUUGUUUUAUCGUUCGGACGCGUCAACUUCUGAAAAUAGACGCGACUGAUUGUGCGCGGAGUGGAGCUUCAAACGCAGCAUCGAGCUUCAGAAAAGCUACCGAUCGCUGAUGUUAAAAACAUCGCGUUUGCUGUCCCUUAUAAAAUCUAUUAUCGCUCCAUACUGUAUAUAAACUUAUAUUGUACUAGCUUAGACUUAACUUGUCCGCGUGGACUACGCAAAUUUUAAACCCUGGUUUUACCCUCUUAGGUGUUGAAUUUUCAAAAAUCCUUUCUUAGUGGAUGUCUACGUGCGUUGAUGGAUCAGUCAGUCAGCUUUUCUUUUCAUACAUUUAGGUUAAAAACAUUAGGUUUGAGAUUAUCUUUGCAUUUUACAUGCUUGGUUGUAGUAUUUUGGUCAUACAACUAUAAUAUUAAUUCUAACUAUACGAUUUUAGUUGUAUGGUGUUUUAUUUUAACGCCAUUCACAACAGAAUGUGACAUAUGACCAGACGAUUAGUGCCCACCUUAGUUUUACAUAAUCAUUGUUGUAAUAAAAAUAUUUAAUAUAUUAAGAAAACAUAAACCGAUUUAAACUGGUUUAUAGAUCUCUAGUUGCGAAUGUUUGUUUGUAUAUUUUGUUACAAGUUAUGGUAUUUUAUUACAUAUUAAGAAAUAAGGUUUCUUUGUAAUACUCUAUCUUGGCAAUUCCCUAUAUCGUUUAAAUAACAUUAUAUAGUUGUAUAUUCACGGGUCCGCUUAUAAUAUAGAAUUGCUAGCUCAUCCUAGGGUCUUGUAUAUAUUUGUGAUUUGCAUAUUAGAGAAAUAUUUUUUCAUCAUAGUGCUCAUUUUAUAGAAUAGUUAAUCAUGUUCACGCCUGUGAGGCUAACAGCAAAUUAACAGGGUGAAAAUCUUAGUCGUUCAAAUAAAAAGGAAAAAUUUCAGCUUUAGUUAAUAUGGGGAAAAAAAUAAUUAAUUUUUCAACCUUACAUUAGACGAAUAUUGAGGGUAGACGAUUUUUUGGUCAUGUGAAAUCAUGGCACAACCGUCACGCACUUUCAGCACAUCUAAAAGUCGCAUAUCACCAGUGGCCUCAAGAAUAGAAUUGAAUUUACCAAUUUCAAGGACAAGUAAUAUAUUCGGUUAUAGCCUGAUUAAGUCGUCGGUCUCCUUUUCGGGGCUCCGUUGUACGAUCCCCGGGCAGGCACAUCAGACUUUUCGAAGUUAUGUGCGUUUUAAGCAAUUAAAUAUCACAUGCUAUAGCGAAGGAAAACAUCGUGGAGAAAUCUGCGCGCUAGAAAAUACUAUAAAUAAUAUUCUCAAAGGUGAGCGAAGUUUGCUUACCCGCAUUUGAACUAUGGCCUCUUAAACCUUCCUAUCGUAAGAAGAGUCUUAUGCUCAGUAGUGCGGCUGCGAUGGGUUGAAAAGAAGAUGAUGAUACUUGCCUAUUUUAAGCAUUCUGUGUAAAAUAAAAAAGAGAAACACACACACUUCGCACAUUGAAAACAAAAAAGCACUAUCCAAAAUUUACAGUUCUGACUACAAUCUGGGUGAAAAACACGUCGUUUGUGAAGAUUCUUGUCUCGGUAACUUCUAUACUUUUUGCUGGGUGUCCUAGUAUAGUAUGACUUUAUACUUUUUCGGGAUAAGUAAAAAUUUUGGAUACAGUGAAUUUUUUUUUCAAUGUGUGUUUUGUGCCUGUAAUAUUUAUUAUAUUGAAUAAAAGUUAGUUAGCAAAGCAUAGUAAAAUCCACCAGUAAUAUUUGGUACUUAGAGUAAAUAGCACAAGCCAACUGUAUACUACAUCAUUUUAGAAAUCACUAAAUAAAAUUAUUACAUCGAUAUCAUUCUAGUAAAAGUCUUUAUUAGCAACUUGACAAAAUUUAUCACAUAGUUACUCGUACACAUAGAAGACACUUAUACACUAAUUAUGUAAAACAUUUAAAUCUGACACAUGUUUCUUUGUUAUUAAUUGUAGCAUGCUAUCAUAAGAUUGUCUAUGGUCAAACGAAUCUAUGGUUGGAAAUCUCUUUUGUACUCCUAUAGCAUGCUGCAUUAACAAACUAUAAAUAAAAUUAAAUAAAUCUGGUCCUAUAAAUAAAAUUGGUUGCACAUCGUACUAAAAUUUAAUUUGGGAGUCAUAAAAUAACUGCAUAAAAAUUGAUAUUAAAAUAUAGAUACUCAAAACUAAAGGCGUGACGACUAUGUCGAUUUAAGAGCAGUUUCUUCAUAGCGUGCUCUUAACAAACGUAGUUUGGUUCUUUUUUUGAAUAUUUCCCAUCAAACUCAAUGACAUUAUGGAGACACGUUUAAGAAUAUAGCCUAUGAUUUUCCAGACCAUUUCUGUAUUUUGUCUUAAUGUAACACAGGCUCAAAGAUUUGCAUACAAAUCUGUGAGCCUGCAUAGCUUUGAAAUUACAUAUUUUUACGGAAAUCUGGAAAACCAUAGACACAAAUAUUUGUUUUAAGAAUGUAUAUACACAUAAAGUUUGAUUGGUUAAUAUUCAUAUAAAAAACGGAUUAUAUUGUAUGGAGAGGGCUGAAGAGUGUGCUAGGGAAACUUCACUUAGUGUUGUGUCUGUCAUAGUCGAAGGUUGCCCAUUAUGAAUCUGUUUUUAUUUCUAAGACUUCUAGUUGAAACUAGUUAUUAACCUACAUUGUUAUAUUUAGUUAAAGUAACUGUAUUUUCGGUACCUUUUAGUUAAUAGUAUUUUUCAAAAUAGGUCUAUAGUAGAUAUCAAUCGGCCUCGAAUUAAGAAACUUUAAUGCGUGCAAGGCCUGUUUAGACUUUUUGUUAUUUUAGAGUACAUACGUCAUUCCAUUUGAUCUUGACAAUAAAAAAAAAUGGAGGCAAAAAUAGGGAAAUCAAAUCUUAAAUUUGUAUACGAAAAUAGGAAAUAUCGUUAGGUACGGCCAAACGACACCUUUCUUUAAUUGUUUCUUUCUUACUAGGCUAGGCCAACACCCUACGAAUGCCAUUUAUUGCAGCAACGGUGCCUUGUAUUUUUUUUCUUAUACGUGACCUACCUAAGCACCCACCCACAGAUAGUAAGUACUGUACCUAUUUUAAAACUAAAUGUAAACAUUUAUUUCUUACUUGUCAAUCAUAAUAAUAAUUUAAUGUGUCUCAAAAUAAUAUCUAGAAACACUUCUCUUUGGUCGCACGCAUUGUUAUUUAUUUAAGACAACCUAUCAUGAGUAUGAAAUGUAUUAAUGAUCUAUUUAUGUCCACCAAUUAAUUAUUAUUUUAUAAUAUAGGUGAAAAAUAGAGACCAAUGCACACAUGACAUUCGGUGGUAUAUAUGCCAAAGCUGCCGCGAAAACAUCAGCGAGCGGUCGGUCGGAUUUGACUUAAUUAGUCAAAAGUUGACGCAACAGCAUCAGCGAUAUGUCGGAUUUGACUUAAUUAUGCCAAAGCAGACGCGAUAGCAUAAGCGAUCGGUUGGAUUUGAUUUAAUUAGGCCAAAGCAAACAUGAGAGCAUCAGCGAUCGGUCGGAUUUGACUUAAUUAGGCCCAAGCAGACGUGAGAGCAUCAGCGAUUGGUCGGAUUAGACUUAAUUAGGCCAAAGCAGACGUGAGAGCAUCAGCGAUCGGUCGAAUUUGACUUAAUUAGGCCUAAACAGACGCGACACAUCGCGGUCUAUCGGAUUUUACAUAAAUUAUUUAACUUAACUCCGCACCAUUGAUAUAGUUCGGAAACUAGAUGCAUCGACUGGAUUCAAACGUCGCCGUCCGGCUAUAGCUGUAGCAAGUAUUUGGCAUGUGUGAAACACGUCUCAAAGAAUGACUUGGUACUUCACCCAUGAAUGCGUGUACCAAGUACCAAGUACUAUCCAUUGAGUUUCCAAAUUGCAAUGCAAUUCCUGAUCGCUGUUGCUAGAUAUCAUGUGUGCUCUAGCUCUAAACAAAGCUUUCGGUUCUACUAAAAUUUAUUACUAGAUUUAUGAUUUAUUUUUAGUGGGUAUUAGGUUUAUUUUAUAUUUUAGUAGAAGUAAUAUUCUUACUACUAUGUAUAGAGUUUUGAUGUUAACUUCUUUUUUUUCUUCUUGUUUUUAGUACAUUAGAUUUAUUAAGGUUGUGUUACCAUUUUGAUAAUUAUUAUUACAUACCUACCUACUACCGAAUUAUUUUUUGUAGAGUAAAGAUAAAAGGUCAAUUCAAUUUUGUUAUUUAAUUACGACAAACUGUCCUGCCUUUAAGUAUGAAAUAAAAACAAGGUUUUUUCGAGAAUUGCCAUCAAUUUGACUAUCCAAUUCUAUUUACUUCAUAUUUAAUCCAAAACGCUAUUACGCUACCUAUAUUGGCUGUGUAUCAUUUCCUACUGUUUGGUGUGAUUGCAGUCAAGCUCAAAAAGAAAAAACUAUUUUACUUCUCGGGCGCAAUCAUCUGACUAAUAAUUAUAAUACAUAUUAUUUAUCUGUCAAAUAAAAUCGGUCCUGUAUCGGCAAAAUAUCUUUUUUAACGAUCAUAAAAGCUGGCUUCAAUCAAAACAUGUAAAAGGCAGGACUGCCGUGUACCGAAUCUUAUUCUUUUUUCUUUUACGAUUCCAUUACGAACGUUCCUUAAUCCCUUAUAUUAUUGUCACCGUGUAAUUGAGUACACGUUGGUUUGUCUCAGAGUUAUAUCAGUAUUGCCAUUACAGUUAAAUUGUUUUUGUUGAUUUUCAAUGGCUGUCACGAUGUGCAAAUGAACGCAGCUGUUAUUUUUUUAUGCAUCAAGUCACUCUCGUAUUCGGUUUUAAUAAAACAUUGAUAUUAUCGCGAACUUUGUCUAAAACUGUUUAUUGCUAGUUUAUUAAGGUGGAUUAUAGCCAAUACCAUCAAUAACGGUAUGAUAUAUUUAAAAUUUGUAAACCGCAUUUUUGUAUGGAACACCUGAGAACCAGUAUCUGUAACUUUUUGUUAUAAUUUGUUGGCAUUAAGUUUACCCGCAGUGUGGCAAAGUUGACUCUGAGCGCAGUAGACUUCUCGAAAGUUCUCGAAUACCGAAUGGGGUAUUUUUAAGCGUUUAAAAAGAAUGCGCAUCACAAGUAGUCCAACCUGAAGUUGCAACAUGCCGGUUUGCGCAAGUCAUAGGCUAAGGAUUAAAAUAUACAAUCUGAGAUCACGGAAUACCUACGUCUCCUGUUCAGAUGGGAUUACUUGUUUUGCGCUCACUAUUGUAUUCUAAACCUAAACUAGACUCUCGACAUAUCUUUAUUUUAAUUAACUCUGCACCAAUUCGUAACAUAAUAUUUUCUCAACUUAUGGGAUUUGUCACUGUUGCAAAUUACGAAUUUGAUCUCAUAAUAUCAAAGUUGUAGUUUGUAUCAUGAAGAUAUCUUUACGAGGUCACUCUAAUCUGUUCAUGUAAUGAGUACCUACAUCUUCCCAGUGCAAAAGGUUAGGAUUAUACAUACAAGAAUGUGGUCAUAAUAUAAUAUUUAUUACAAAGAUGUUUAAUGUACCUAUCCAUAUCCAAGAAUUAAAUUAAACUUACUGUUUGCGAUAAAAUAAGUGAAGCUUGGCGCGCUUAUUGACAAAUUCUUACAGAUGUGAUACGUACCUACUAUUGACUAUUCUAAAUAAAUAAGAAAGUGUUAA